AUGAAGAAAGACCUCGAGGUGGCGGGCUACGCCGUGCUGCCCCUACAGCUCCCCAAGACCUCCUCUGCAAAGGCUGCCACGCAUUACAUGUACCUCCGCGUCCACGAGCCUCGCAUUCCGGACGAAGACACCCCUCGCUCGAUGUUCAUUGUCAACGUGCCCAUCGACACGACCGAGACUCACUUGCGCCACCUCUUCGGUACCCAGCUUUCGGCCGGCCGCGUCGAGCGCGUUCACUUCGAGUCCGUCCCCACGAAGAAGAACCAGGCUGCGCUCCCGCAGGCAAAUGUCGGCGGCAGCAAGGCCAAGAAACGGAAGCGCGUCACCGCGGAUGAGCUGGAGUCUCAGCUGGAGGAUAUCGAACUCCCCGCGGUCUGGGACCGGCCGCUGCAGAAGAGCGGAGCGCACGCCGUCGUGGUCUUUGUGGAUCAGCCCAGCAUGGAGGCCAGCCUGAAGGCUGCCCGGAAGGCCGCGCGCAAGGCGGUCAGUGGCAGCAGCAGUAAGAAAAUUGUCUGGGGGGAAGGGCUUGACGAGGACCGGGUGCCGGCUCUCGGGCUGGAGCGGUAUCUCUUCCACUCGCAGGCCCGGUAUCCCAGCCGUGGAGAGUUGCUCCGCACGGUCAACGAUUUCAUGACGGUGUUCGAGCAGGUGGCCGAGAGCCGGAAGCGCGAGGCGGCGCGCAAGGCCCAGGAGCCGGACGAGGAUGGCUUCGUGACGGUCACGAGUGGACCCAAGCUGGCGGACGCGACGCACGAGGAUGAGGCCCGCGAGUUGAUCGAGAAGCAGAAGAAGAAGCAGGAGGGCCUGGAGGACUUCUACCGCUUCCAGUCCCGAGAGAAGCGCAAGGAGAGGCAACAUGAGCUGUUGCGGAAGUUCGAUGAAGAUAAGAGGAAGUUGGCGGAUCUGAAGAGGAGGAAGGGGAAAUUCGCGCCCGAGUGA